AUGAAUAAUAAUACAUUUGAAGAGACCACCAAGACCUUCAUAUCGCAGAACCUUUUUAUUAGACAAACAUUAUCCUCUGGAGAGAAUACGACUACUUAUAAAAAACUGGAGGCUAGACCAACGGAAUUUGAAUCACAACCACCUUUAUUUGGAAUUGUAAAAUCUGAAAGUUCUUCAAUAAACGAUAUCCAAUUUCUGACUGGAUAUGGCAAUCAAUAUAAGGAACCAAUGUUUCACCACCGUGAUGAUAGGAAUUAUAUAUCUAACCAGGAAGAUGUAGGGCAUACUGAAAGG